AUUUUUAGUUUCGAUUGACUGUUGACGUUUAUUUACAUUGAUUUAUUACAGCGCUACAAAAUACGAAAAUGUCGGUUCUACCUUUAGGAAUAAAAACACAAACACAGAAACUUCAAAGCCUCUACAAAAGAACACUGCGCAAUUUAGAAGCCUAUUAUGAUAGAAGGCAUGUGUACCGUUUCCAAGCAGUGCUGUGUCGCGAGAGGUUUGACCAGAUCUUGGCACUGAAGGACCAGCGGGAGUUCAACCGACGCCUGCAAGAGGAGGAAGAUGCUCUCUUUGCAAUCAUACAUCCCAUCCCUAAGAAGUGUAAGUUGUGGAUUAUAUAGAAUACACUUUAAAAA